AUGUCGAAGUUUGUAGCCAAACUUAAGCAUUCGGUCGUUGAUAGGCCUUUUUGGCCAAUUGGCAAACUUAACUCCUAUUCGGUCAAAUCGGGUUAUAUUUUGGCUAAUUCUAUCAAGCAAAGAAAUGAGGCCUCGUCGUCUUCCCUGAAGGCUGAUCUUUGGCAGUGGGUUUGGGGACUGGAGGUUAUCUCAAAGGUUAAAUUGUUCAUGUGGAAGUGCUUAGUUGGGGCCCUUCCUACGACUUAUGCUCUUUCUCGUCGGGCGAUGGAUGUGGAUUUGAUGUGUCGAAGAUGUGGUGAGCAUGAGGAAACCUUGGAGCAUGCAAUUCGUGACUGUCAUUGGGCAUCUUUUCUGUGGGAAUGUUCUCCUCUUCGGCUCCCUCCGGUCUCGGUUAGUGAUCAAUGCUCAGUGGACGUUUGGUUUGAUCGUAUUAGGAAAAUUCCCCAUGCGGAGGUUCAUAAUUCUUUUGCUACUUUGACGUGGUCCAUAUGGUAUGCUCGAAACGUAUUUUUAUUUCAGGGGAAAACCAUUUCUCAUGAGGAAUGUCUGGCGAUCUCUCUUCGAGCGACUUGGUCUCCUCCUUUUUCCUCUCCUCCCAUGUCUGGUGGCCCUCGUUGUGUGAUUUGCUCUCGAGAUAAUCAGAUCUUGAUCUCUUGUGAUGCUGCUAUCGACAACAAUGGUGGAAUGGGAUAUGGGACGGUCCUCACUAAUUUCCAAGGCAAUAUUGCAGGCUGUAGUUUCGGGUUUCUUGAGGGAGCAUAUACAGCUGAAGAAGGUGAGACGGUGGCUAUCCGAGAGGGGGCUCUUUGCUGCAAAUGUCGCGGUGAUAGAGAUAUUAUUUUGGAGACGAAUUGCCAACCCCUAUACUGGAAACUGCUUCGUCGUAGCGAGGAUUUAUCCUACAUUGGUGAUACUUUAUCUGCUAUUUUCGAGAUUUCUACGUGUUUCAUCCGGUGCUCGUUUAGUUGGACUCCUCGUGAAGGUAAUGCCUUGGCGAAUAGAUUAGCUAAGUUUGCCCUUAGUGGUCGUUUCUUUCCUACUGUUUCAGAGGUGCUUCCUGCUUUGUUAAACUCUCAUUUUGAUUAA